UACGGGCCGCGCUCAGGCCACUGGGCCAGAAAUGCCCGAGGAGGAGGGGAGGGAGGGGAGGAUGUUUGGGCAGCUGAGAGGGUUUUACCACAUGGAACAGUCCAGAAUCUGUCAAAGUGGUCCAUGUACAGAGAAGAUGGGAUGUUAGAAGGAUAUCCACCCACAGCUCGAUUUGGGGACGGACAGCCUCAGGACCCAGACUGGACUCCUGACAGAGAGAGAGCACCUGGUCAAAGCUGGUAUGACAAGAUCUUCCAUAUCUUAAGCAUGACCACAACAAGCCACCGGGUGAAGCGCUGGGCGGAGGGAAUGGAGGACAUGACACAGCUGCCUGAGCUGAAUGAGACCACAGUUCUGAUGAACCUGAAGAAGCGCUACGACCAGGAACUCCUCUAUACCUACAUAGGCAGCAUCCUCGUGUCUGUGAAUCCCUACAAGUUGCUCAACAUUUACGGCACAGACAUGGUGCUUCAGUACGAAGGCCGCGGCCUGAGUGACAACCCUCCUCAUCUUUUCGCCAUUGCUAAUCUCUCAUAUACCACCAUGAUGGAUGCCAAAAAGGACCAGUGUAUUGUGAUCAGCGGAGAAAGUGGAUCAGGAAAGACUGAAGCUACUAAACUGAUCCUGCGUUACCUGACAGCCAUACAUCACAAACGCAACGUCACACAACAGAUAGAGAUCCUGGAGGCCACGCCCCUGCUGGAGUCUUUUGGGAAUGCCAAAACAGUGCGCAAUGACAACUCCUCACGCUUUGGCAAAUACACGCAGAUCUACAUGGAGGAGGGUGUAAUCAGCGGUGCCAUAACGUCUCAGUACCUGUUGGAGAAGUCUCGCAUUGUCUUUCAGGCCAAAUCAGAGAGGAACUACCACAUCUUUUAUGAGAUGCUGGCUGGUCUUCCUCCUCAUGAGAAGCACUCGCUGUAUCUGCAGGAAGCUGAGACUUACUACUAUCUGAACCAGGGAGGGGACUGUACCAUAGAGGGAAAGGACGACGGGGAGGACUUCAAGCGUCUGCUGUGUGCCAUGGACAUCCUGUGUUUCACCCCAGAGGAGCAAAACGGCAUCUACAGAUUGUUGUCCUCUGUCCUUCAUCUGGGGAACGUGUACUUCCAGCCACACCAGGCUGAGGGUCAGGAAGUCGCGUCAGUGGUGAGCGCACAGGAGAUUAGGGUUGUUGCUGAGCUGCUGCAGGUCUCACCUGACGGCCUGCAGAAGUCUGUCACCUUCAAACUGACUGAUACAGUACGGGAGAAGAUCUACACUCCGCUCACAGUGGAGAGUGCUGUGGAUGCCAGAGAUGCUGUUGCCAAGAUCCUGUACUCGCUGCUGUUCAGUUGGCUGACAGAGCGCAUCAACGGACGGGUCUACCCUCGCAGCGAAGCCCUCUCCAUCUCCAUAUUGGACAUAUAUGGAUUUGAGGAGCUACAGGUGAACAGUUUUGAGCAGUUGUGCAUCAACUAUGCCAAUGAGACUUUGCAGUUCUACUUUAACAGGGUCAUCUUCCAGGAGGAGCAGGAGGAGUACAUGCGGGAGCAGAUCGAGUGGCAGCAGCAGCCUUUCAGCCACAACCAGGCCUGCCUUGACCUCAUUGCUGCUAAGCCCCAUGGGAUACUGCGCAUACUAGAUGACCAGUGCGGCUUCCCUCAGGCAACAGACCACACCUUCCUUCAGAAGUGCCACUAUCACCAUGGAAACAACCCGCUGUAUGCCAGGCCAAAGAUGCCACUGCCAGAGUUCACCCUCAAACACUACGCUGGGAAGGUCACUUAUCAGGUGAACAAAUUCUUGGACAAGAACUUUGACAUGGUCCGCCAGGAAGUUUUAGACAUCUUCAUCCAGAGCAAGAACAAAAUGGUUUCCAGCCUCUUCUUGAAGCAUUCAGAGUCUGUGUCUCAGCAGCGGUCUAAUGUCCAACGUAGCAGCACAGCGCGUCGUUAUCAGGCCAACACGGUCAGCGCUAAGUUUCAGAGCAGCCUGCAGGAGCUGCUGGAGAAGAUGGAAAGGUGUAACCCUUACUUUGUGCGAUGCAUCAAGCCAAACCAUCAUAAGGAGCCAGGAGUGUUUGACUUUGAGCUCAUCAGCACACAGUUGCAUUACUCUGGUAUUAUGGAGACCAUCCAUAUCAGGAGGGAGGGUUAUCCAAUCAGAUUGCAUUUUCACAGCUUCCUAUCAAGGUAUAAGGCCCUGCUCUGCAUGAAGGAUCUUCCACCUGCAGACGGAGAGAACUGUGUCAUCAUGCUCCACAGGCUCGGCCCGGUAAAGACCGGCUCGUUUCAGCUGGGAGUCAGUAAGAUUUUCCUGAAAGAGGAGAUGUAUCAGCUGUUGGAGGGGAAGCGUGACCGUGUGCUGAACAUUGCCGCCAUGACACUGCAGAGAUACACUCGUAUAUGUUUUAUCCGAAAGAACUAUGUCAAGUUCAGGCGGCGCGUGAUCCUGUUUGAAGCUCGCUGCAGAGGCUACGUGGCCAGAAAAAAGUUUGCUCUGAGGAGGAAGUACCUCAUCAGGUUCCGCUCUGCCGUGCUGCUCAUCCUCAACCGCCAGCGUUACAUGAGGGUAUUGGUGGAGCCUGCAAGGAAGGCGGAGGAGGAUCGCAUAAAUAGAGAAGUGGUGAAUGUGACAACACUGCCCAUCCCUGCUGAGCUGGCAGCCCUGCUGCAGGCGGCCGCAGGUGGUGAAGAGCUUCAUUCUGACUGCUUGGCUGUGGUCCAGGCUCCAAAGGUUCAGGUUGACCCUCAGCUGACCCUGCCCCUAGACAUCAACAACUACCUCAUGACACACUACAUCCGGGCCAUAUUUAGGGAGCCAUUGUUCGGGAUGCUGACAGCUCCACUGGACAGUUCUCUGAUUAGACUGGACGAGGAGCUAAAACAAGGAGCCCUGAAUGUUUUCAUUCUGAUACUUAGGUUCAUGGGUGAUCCUAACCUGAAUGGGGCUCAGGAGAAUCUGUUUGGGAACUACAUCAUCCAGAGAGGACUGGCCAAUCCCAGCCUCCGAGACGAGAUCCUGGCUCAGAUAGCCAAUCAGGUGUGGAGGAAUCCUAACAUUUUGAAUUCAGAGCGUGGUUGGCUCCUCCUCUCCUCUUGUCUCUCUGCCUUCCUGCCUUCUCAAAGACUGGCCAAGUAUCUGCUGAAGUUCGUUUCUGACUAUGGGCCGGGGGGCUACAACUGCGUGUGUCAGCACCGUCUGCUUCAGGCUCUGCAGCGGCUGAAUGUCGGGCCAGAGCACGUCCGGACGUACCCACCCUGUCUGCUGGAGUGGACCGCCAAUCGCAAGAAAGCUCACACUGUCCUGCACAUACACUGCUUCGAUGGUUUGUCCCUCCUCUGUCCUCUGCACUCCUGGACAACUGGAGAAGAGAUGGCCAACGACAUCUUACAACACAGGGGUGUAGUGGAGGGCCGUCAAGGCUGGUCGGUGCUGCUGAAGGAGCCGGCCCAGUGGGUGGAGCUGGAGGGCUCAGACUUCGUUCUGGACUUGAUGUCGGACCUGGAGCUCCCUGCCGACUUCCCCAAACACAGCAGCUACUUCAUCAUCUCUGCACAGGAACCAACCAGAGUGCGGCCCAAUGCCAGCAUCAGCCUGUUGGGUGGCGGGUUUGAAAUACACGAUGAUGUCAUAUCUUCAGCCUUAACGGGCUCUGAUGGACAAGACUCGGAGCCUCAGAGAGGGAUGGAUCGUUAUCUCGACAGCCUGUUUGACCCUGUCCUGUUUGACGGAGCUGGAGAAGUAGAAUUGGCUGCAGGACUUUCCAGCAGGAUGAAGGGAGCCGGGGGAGUCGGAGGGGGGUGGCAACAGCAGGGGCAGUCCUCUCGCCCCCCACCACCACCUGGAGCUGUGAGAGUCCUUCCUGUGGGAGGUGUGAUGUCGCCUCCUGUUGCUACGGUUGCACCUGUAACACCUGAUGCUCAGCAGGCUGUUUUGGCCCAGCAGCAGCAGGCGAUCGUGAACCAGCAGGCCAUUAUCAUGGCACAGCAGAUGACCAUGCAGGCCAUGGUCAUGUCAAGCCCUCCAACUUCCCCGAUCACAAGCCCUCCCAUGAGCCCUCUGCUCCACCACCCUCCCAGCCCGUACGCCCCCGCCAGCCCCUAUACGGUCAUACCUCCAAGUCCGUACGCUAACAUCCCACCCAGCCCCUACGCCAACUUCACUCCCACUCCCUACGCUGCAGCAGACAUCCCACCAAGCCCCUAUCCUCCCACUGCUCAACCAGAACAAACUCCAUCACAGCCUCAAGCGCAGCCUCCCGCUGAGCUCCAGACUCAGCCCCAAGCUCAGCCUCAGCCUCAGGCCACCCACCCCAUCCCCAAACCUCAGCCAAGCUCUGCUAAAACUAACAAAACUGAGCCAGCACAGCCAAAAGCUAACCCUGCUGCACAGGUUCAGUCAGGUAAGGACAGCGUACCUCGGAGGAAGGCUCCAGGCGUCCCCAUCGACAAGGACAAACCAGCCAGGAAGUUUGCCCCAGUGGCGACGUCUCCGCCGCCCCCUGCUGGAGAGGUGGUGAAGUACUCAGCUCGGUCUUCAGAACGCAUCGUCCCCAGCCAGGACAUUCAAGAAAUCAUCAAAAGAUACAACUCACCACCUCCACCACCAGAUGCACUGCCACCUGGCAAGAGGAGACCGGAGGGGAAGUUUAAGAAGAAGCAAACCCCUCGUGAUGAAGCUUUACAGAUCCUCAAACCCCAGAUGGACCACCCUCCUGCUCCACAGCCCAAACGCCCUGUUACCCCCUCACCUUCUGCGUCUGCGAUGAAAGAGGUCGGAGUCAAACCCACCAAGAGUAUGAAGACAAGAGCGCCUGAUCGUCCUCUCCCCAAACCCCCCCCAGUUUCUCGAGAGCUCCCAGUGGAGACAGAGACUAUCCAGACACAGCUUCAUCAGAGCGCCAACGAAGAGCACUACACCUACACCAACGUCUCCUGGAGACUGUACCUCAGGAAGGAGGUUUUCUAUCCCAAAGACAGCUUCAACAAUCCUGUGGUGCUGGACCUCAUUUUCAAACAAAUAGUGAAUGACACUCUGUCAGAGGCGUGCGUUCGCAUCACCCGGGAUGAAAGGCAGAAAAUGAAAGCUCUUUUCGCGAAACAUGGAGUUGAACGGAAUAUGGAUCCAGUGGAGGAGCAUGUGAAGAAAACUGUUGUGACCGCCGCCAGGGAAACCUGGGAAAUAUACUUCUCCCGGCUCUUCCCUGCCUCGGGUAGUGUAGGAACAGGUGUGCAGGUGCUAUCAGUGUCGCACAGUGGGAUUAAGCUGUUGAAGACGGUGAAAAGCAGUGCUGCAGCUCCAGACUACUUCAGAGUCCUGCGACCGUACACCUAUGCAGAUAUCUUGUUUGUAACCAUCCCGUCUGAGAACAUGCUGGAGUUCAAUCUGACCAAUGAGAAGCUGAUCCUUUUUUCAGCCAAGGCACCACAAGUCAAACACCUCAUAGACACCUUCAUCAGUGAGAUCAAACGGGACUCAAACUAUGUGAUUGCUGAACGUAACUUUGUCACUGACGACCGCUCGAUGCUCAAUUUCCAUAAAGGCGACAUCAUCAGGCUGCAGGUUAUGGACGGGCUGGAGAAAGGUUACAGCUACGGCUGUGUGGUGAGGAAGAAGGUGGUGUUUUUGGAGGAGCUGAAGAGAGACACUCAAGACUUUGGCUGGAAGUUUGGCGCCGUGUUCGGCCGCUCCGGUGCGUUCCCGGCUGAGUGCGUCCAUCCCGUCGCUCCUCCUGACUUCCUGUCGCUGCCACUGGACCGUAAGACGGAGCCUCGAGGAGGAGCGGGACAGUUUGCUGUGUCAUCAGCUGUGGCUGUUGCCGUGGCGUCCACCAUGGCUGCACAUGAGAUAGAUCAAACGAUUGAGAAAGUUUCUCUUGAUGGCUUUGCUGACGGAGAUCUGGAUGAGAGGACCCUGCAGGACAGUAAAUAUGACAUGUUGGAGUUUGCCAAGAAGUUCUUCAGACAGGCACCAAGCGGGAAGGGAGAUUCCCUGAAGAGCAAAAUCAAGAGCAGAGACUCCAGGGAGCCCACUGAGAUGAUCAAGUUCUCUAAGACCCCGUUGACCGAGUCUCUGAUAGAGUUCACCGAUCCAGCCAUGAACCGUGUGGCAGCUGAUCUCUUCCUGUCGGCGAUGCGUUUCAUGGGCGAUUCGCCGCUGCGGGGACUGACAGAACAGGAAGUGGUCAGCACUUUCCUCAAGCUCAUAGGAGAGUUCACCUUGAUGAGGGAUGAGGCUUACUGCCAACUCCUCAAACAGCUUACAGCUAACACCAGCUCCAAAGCCGAUAGUUGCCAACGAGGCUGGAGGCUACUGUACAUCCUGACUGCGUACCAUCGCAGCUCUGAAGUCCUCAAACCCUUCCUACUCAAAUAUCUGCAGCAGGCCUCUCGCAGCGCUGGGGCACAGUAUCAGGGCAUAGCUAAAGCAUGCGAGCAGAACCUGAAGAAGACGUUCCAGUAUGGUGGCCGCGUCGUUCCACCCAACAGCAUGGAGCUGAAGGCCAUGAUGGCGGGACGAAGUUCAAAACGUCAGCUGUUUCUCUUUCCUGGAGGCAUCGAACGUCACGUGAAAAUCAAGACGUGCUCUGUCGCCCUGGAGGUGAUUGAGGAGCUGUGCUAUGAGAUGGGUUUACACAGACUGGAGGCCAUGGAAGAAUAUGCCAUAUUUUUAGUCACCAACAGAGGUCAGAGUGUGCGUCCUCUGAACAAACACGAGUACAUCCUGGAUGUUGCAACAGAGGCCGAGUUAGUCGACCACAACUUCAGUUUUUGGUUCAGACGAGUCGUCUGGACUCAGCCGCUCAAGUUUGAAAAUGAGCUUUGUGUCACGAUGCAUUAUAACCAGAUCCUGCCGGACUACCGUAAAGGCCUGCUCAAUGUUCUUCCACAUGGAAAAGUGAGCGAUCAGCAGUUUCACCAGAUUACCAAACUGGCAGCUUUGCAGCACAGAGCCAAAGACGUCAUCUUCAUCCCCAGCAUACACGAAUUAUCGGAGUACAUCGCCACGCCUCUGUUCAAAAAGCAGCCACCCCAGCAGUGGGUUACCAUGGUGACGCAGCACAUGCAGCAAGUACAGACCCUGAAUCCGCACCAGGCCAGAGCACAGUUUCUGGGCCUGGUCAGUGCGUUCCCCAUGUUCGGCUCCUCGUUCUUCUACAUCCACAGCAGCAGCUCCACCACCUUCUACGCCCCCUGUAUUGUUGCUGUCAAUCAACAUGGUCUUCACUUCCUGCACAAAAAUACACACGAGCCGAUGGCAGUGGUCCCCCUGGUGGAGGUGCAGUCCAGCCGCACCCAGAGGCCCACUGCUGGAGCCAGUUACCCGUAUGUAGACCUCAGCCUGGGGGACAUGAACACACAGCGGGUCAUUCAGCUGCAGCUGGAGCAGGGCCUGGAGUUGUGUCGUGUCAUCGCCAUGCAGGUGGAAAACAUGAUGUCAGUGCGGGAGAAGAGGCUCACCCUGCCACCCAGUGAAAUCACCAUGUUAUAACACAUGCUCAUGCUUCAUUGUACGCACACACUUGUAUAAACAUACACACACAUACCUGUAGAUGAAACCUGUAAAAAUAGCCUACCUCUUCUUGCCUUCAGGUGUUUGUUGUGUGUAGCUCACACACAUAGACAUUAAUAUUAUAUGUGAAUACAUAAGUGUACUGUACUGCAUAUACUGAACAAAGUGCUACCUAGAAACCGUGAAUGUCGAUAUUGAUUUAUUUUUUCUCUUCAGGUUAACACUUUGAUAAUUGCACUUACUCCUGUAUUUUUAGUUUAUUUAACAUUAAAUAGCUUUUAUCUGUGUAGAAGCUGUUAAUGGACCCUGAGGGAGCUUCACAGGCCUGUGCCUUGUCAUUACAAUGUUUUAUAACUGACAUGUUUUUUUAUUUUUUUAUUACUGCUGUUGACUGUAAAACUUGAUGUUAGUGUAAACCAUUGUUGUAUUCAACCAAUGUUAACGUAUAAACUUGCUUAUUUUGUACAAAAUAUUUUAUCUAAAUAAAAUAAGCAAUUUUAAAGAGAGAUAUGAGCACUUCUACAUUCAAUUAUUAAAAUGAUUAAACAAUGUUAAAAUCAAGUAUUUGAUUUUAAGCUGUAUCUGUAUAAAAUUGCACAAUUAAAUGUUUUGAUAGGUAUCAAUAAUUAAAAUCAACAUAGUUCAUGAAAUAAUUAUUUUAAUGAACAGUGUCCCAGUUGGGUCAGCCUGUAAGUUUUUUAUUUCAUUAUUAAUUAUUUUUCAUUUAACAAUCUAACUAAUCACUAAAUGUAUAAAAUGCCAGAAAUAUUCAGAUACAAGUGUAGAUGACCUUAUUUACAUUUUUAAUUAUUAUAAAAUAUGUAUAUACUAUUUGCUGAUUUUCUCUACACUGUAGAUAUUAAGUAUAUAAAUAAAGUGCAAAUGCAAAUACAACAAGCACACACACACACACACACACACACACACCAUGCCAUAUGCUGUAUAUACAUGCUCACAAAAAACACACACCUACAAAUGAUUUUUCUCUAAUGAUGAAGAGUCAAUCAGACUGGAGAGACAAUCCUCAACUAAGAACACACACACACACACACACACACACACACACACAUACACACACAGGGCACUUUAUUUACACUUAACUGUCUAUCAUGUAUUUAUUUGUUAGUGUUUUUAAUUUGUGUAAGUGUAUUCAUUUUUUAUUGUCCAGUACCUUGGCCCUAGAGAAAUGUCUUUUCAUUCUGCCAUGUGUGACAAUAUAUGGUUAAAAUGACAAUAAAACUUGAUUUUAUUUCUUA